AUGGCCGCCCAGAACUGGCCUUCCGACGGGCGCGACUCGGAGAGGGCUGGGGGCCCCGCGGCCCCGGCCUGCGCGCGCCCCCGGGGCUUCGCUAUCACCGACCUGCUGGGCCUGGAGGUCGAGACGUCGGAGCCGGCUGGGCCCGACCAGGGCUCUGCCUGCCCGCGCGCAGCAGACGGGGGGCUCGGCGGCCCGCCGCGACUCGGGGUCGUCCGCGGCUUUGGGGCGGCGCAGCCUCCGCCCGUGCCUCGCCCGGCCUGCCUGCUCCUGGCCGAGGUGCCUCUCCUGCACCCCGGGGCGCAAGCCCGCGGCCACCCGCCGCGCGGGCUCAUCAGCCAGAAGCGCAGCGAGAGCGACUCGACGUCAGAUGAGGAGAAUCUGUAUGAAAAUAGGAGUGACCUGAAGGCAUUCCCCACUCUGAGCAAGAGGAAGAAACGGCGGCACAGAACUGUUUUCACUGCUCAGCAGUUGGAAGAGCUGGAGAAGGCAUUUAAUGAGGCCCACUACCCUGAUGUGUAUGCCCGGGAAAUGCUGGCUGUGAAGACGGAACUUCCUGAAGACCGAAUCCAGGUCUGGUUUCAGAACCGGCGGGCUAAGUGGCGCCAGCGGGAGAGGCGCUGGGGUGGCAGUACCCUAAUGGCCAAGUACGGACUCUAUGGCGCAAUGGUGCGGCACUGCAUCCCACUGCCCGACUCGGUGCUGGGCUCUGUGGAGGGCGGCCUGCUGGACUCCUGUGCGCCCUGGCUCAUGGGGACACAUAAAAAAUCUACAGACUUGAUAAGGAAACCAGAAAGUGAAGAAAAGUUGGCAGGACUUUGGGGAACUGACCACCUCAAGAAGAGGUCUAGUCCAAAUCAAGCAGAACCUCAGAGAAAGUCUGGUGAAACCUGCGCUGAGAAAGGCCUGGAAGAUGUGGCCAUUGAUCUCUCCAGUUCCACCCGGCAGGAGAGUAAGAAUGAACAGUGGUGA